UUGAGAGUAUCCGUCACAUCAAUUUGACUCGUAAAAACCUGCCACGAAUCCUGCUGCACACAGAUGCAGCCCAGGCUAUUGGUAAAAUGGAGGUAGACGUUGUGGAAAUGGACGUGGAUUAUCUAAGCAUUGUGGGCCACAAGUUCUAUGGCCCACGGAUCGGAGCCGUGUUUGUGAGAAACCUAGGAAGUAAAGAGGUACCUUUAUACCCGAUGUUGUAUGGUGGAGGACAGGAGCGUAACUUCAGACCAGGGACAGAGAACACUGGUAUGAUAGCUGGUCUGGGAAAGGCCGCUGAACUUGUGGUACAGUACCUAGACAACUACAGCAAACAUAUGGCUACAGUGAGGGACUACCUCGAGACACGACUCCAGGAUGUGUUUGGGGACCGAAUCCAUAUCAACGGGAAAUUUGCUACCAGUGAACACUUGUAAUGUUUCCAUUUCGGGACACAGAUUGUUUGGCCACAUGGUUCUGUCCCACUGCGACAGACUGCAGGCCAGUGUCGGAGCAGCAUGCCAUGCCCAGAACAG